AAGAAGGGCAAGUAAUAGAGAGAGAAGCUAAAAAGAAAGACUGGAAACAGUGGAUGAUAGAGGAGUACUAUGUGCUUUCUCUCUCUCUCUCUGUCUCUGUAGCAAAGCUUGAUUAUUUAGUGCUAAUGGCAGGAGGAAACACAGAGGAACGGAGAAAAUACUCAGCUCCGUAGACUGAGGGCGGGAAUAAGGCCGGCUCUGUUUUGAAAGCAAUAAAGAAAUGGAGUCUCUCCCGAACCGACGAAAAAGCUGAAAAGGGCUUCCAAGGUGGCGACUUUGUUCUUCCCCGCACAUGCAUUCGGUCCAAAGAGGUGAGAUUGAUAGGAUAAAUUAAUGAGUGAAAAGUUAUUUAAUGCUUCUUUGCAUAAAUAGUUGGAAAUUUGGGGAAUUUUGAAAAAGGAAGCAUUUUGGAUUCAAAUAACCCACGCCGAUCGUCUUGUCUGCUGACAGUCCCCACAUCCCUCACGCGUUCCUCUGUUUCCGGCAUUAAUGCCCUCUUUUCUAAAUUAAGGUGAUAAUUUUGCUGUUUUUCUUGAAAAAUGUUUUUUUCCUUCUUUUUUUUUGUCUUGUUUCUAUUGGGUUUCAGCGAAAGAUGAGAUUUUGGGAUGGUGAGUAGGUUUCUUUUAGGGUUUUCACUUUGUAGAUUUCUGAUCGUGAGGGGUUCUUUUUAGGGGUUUGGUUAGAUGGUUAAGUUUUGUGUAGAUCGAUGAAAUUAGGGGUUUUCUGAUUUUUAUUCGAGCCGGUGUUGUUCUCUGGUUUGAAAAAUGUUUAUCUUUUGAGCAUUUGCGGGUGGUGAUCUGUGGAGGAAUUGGGGCAGUGGUGGGCAUGGCGAUGGAAUCCAAGUGCCAUUGAUCUGUUAGAUGGUUGAGAUAGCAAGAUGGAUCGCCGGAGUUGGCUUUGGAGGCGGAAGUCGUCCGAGAAGAGCCCCGGGGAGACUGAGAGCUCAGGAUCAGCGUCGUCUCAUUCUGAGAGGUACUCAGAUGAUCAGGAGGCAGUGAAGGGUUCUUCAAAUAAUGCUUCUCCAAAUCAUGCCCAAUCACCAGAGGUUUCAUCAAACAUUGGUGAUAGUGAAGUCCAUGAAAGUGUCAAGAGUUUGACCGAGAAACUCUCAGUUGCUCUUCUGAACAUCAGUGCUAAAGAGGAGCUGGUCAAGCAACAUGUGAAAGUUGCAGAAGAAGCUGUUUCAGGCUGGGAGCAGGCAGAAACUGAAGUUGCAGCUCUGAAGCAGCAACUUGAAGCUGCAAACCAGAAAAACUCUGCUCUUGAAGAAAGAAUUGGUCACCUUGAUGGUGCCCUCAAGGAAUGUGUCAGGCAGCUCCGCCAAGCAAGGGAGGAGCAAGAGGAGAAAGUCCAUGAUGCUGUCAUUAAGAAGACCCAUCAGUGGGAAUCUGAGAAGCUUGAGCUUGCGAAGCAGCUUGUCGAGCUCAAAGCACAGCUGCAAGCUGCAAAAUCUGAAGCUGCUGCCGCUGUUGACCUUGGUCUUAAAGCAAAACUUGAAGCUUCUGAGAAAGAAAAUGCAGCUUUCAAGGUUGAACUACUAUCUCAAUCUGAGGAUCUCCAGACACUGACACUAGAGAGGGAGCUGAGUAAUCAAGCAGCAGAGACAGCCAGCAAGCAACAUUUAGAGAGCAUAAAAAAGGUUGCUAAACUUGAGGCUGAAUGUCGUAGGUUACGGUCUCGAGCAUCCAAAUCACUACCAGUUAAUGGCCACAAGCCUUUUGCAAAUUCAAUUUGCAUGGAAUCUGUUACCGAUAGCCAAUCAGAUAGUGGAGAACGAUUGCUAAGCAUGGAUAAUGAGCCAGGGUGCUCAGAUUCAUGGGCAUCAGCUUUAAUUGCUGAACUCGAUCAGUUCAAGAAUGAUAAGGCCAGUGCAAGAAACCUCAUCACUUCUAUAGAGAUUGACCUGAUGGAUGAUUUCCUUGAGAUGGAGAGACUAGUUGCUUUGCCUGAGGCUGAUCGUGUAAGUUCGAGCUUUGAACUUGAAGCUGAUUCUGACAGAGUUGCUACAAGAGAAAGCCCAUUAAAAGUCGAAGCUUUGCAUCUGCAGUUAGCUGAAUUGGAAGAAAAAGUUGCAAAAAUGGAAAACGAGAAAACAGAAUUGGAGAUGGCUUUAGUUGAUUCGCGAAAUCAGCUUGAGGCUUCUUGCAAUCAGCUCAGAGUUGCUGAGGAUAAGUUGAUUGAACUGCAGAAGCAAUUAGACUUGGCCAAUGAAUCAAAACAAGUGGCCACAGCAGAAGUGGUGUCUGUGGAGGCAAAGAGAAAGGCACUGGAGGCUCAGCUAGAAUCAACAGAACUGGAAGUCAGAAAGCUAUAUGAUAAGGUGUGUUUGUUAGAAGGAAAAAUUGAGGGUGAGAAGGCACUGUCUACAGAACUCGAAGCUAGGGUAGAGGCUGCAGAGGCUUCUAGAAAGGUAUCCGAGUCUCAGCUUAAGUCAGCUCAUUUGGAAGUUGGUAGUCUGCAUGAAAUGGUGGGUCUAUUAGAAAGCAAGGUGGCGGAGGAGAGGGCAUCAUCUACAGAAUUUGCAGCUAAAGUACAGGCUUUAGAGGCUGUGAGAAUGGCAUUAGAUUCUCAGCUUGAGUCUGCACAUUUGGAAGUCAAUAAGCUACGUGAGAAGGUGGGUUACUUAGAAGUGAAAGCUGAGGAGGAGAGGACAAAAUCUGCAGAAUUUGCAACUAAAGUAGAGGCUGUGGAGGCAGUAAGAAAGUCAUCAGAAUUCCAGCUCGAGACAGCAAAUUUGGAAAUAGGAAAGCUGCACGAUAAGGUGGGUUUAUUGGAAGGACAAGUUAGCAAGGAAAAGGCAUUAACUGCAGAAUUUGCAGCGAAGUGUCAGAAAUUGGAGAGUGAGAUAUCAAGGAUAAAGCGAGAAGCUGAGCUCUGGCAAGUUACAAGCUCAAAUGGAGACCUGAAGAUUAAACAGGAGAAAGAGCUUGCUGUGGCUGCUGGGAAGCUGGCAGAGUGCCAAAAAACAAUCGCCUCUCUUGGCCAGCAGUUGAAAUCACUGACAACUUUAGAUGACUUCAUGCUUGAAGCUGAGAAGCUAGAACUAAAUGGAGGCUCACCAGAUCUUAUACUGCAUUCUAGUUAUUCUUCAGAGAAGAUAAGCAGCUAUACUUUCCCAAAUGGCAAAGAGGGGGGGUCUCCACCAUCUUCUUCGCUCUCAUCCUCAUCCUCAACUCUUUCUGGGUUUGCAAGCUUGUUGCCUCGAAGUAGGAGCAGCAGCUAUAUAGAAAACUAGUAGAACACGGAAAUGCUAAAAGUUUAAAUGGUUUUGGUGUCCACUGUAUUGCAAAUGUACAUUGAAAAGAAGUGCUCUGUUAGAUUAUUGGUGGGAUUUUCUUUUUCUUUUUUUUUGGGUGGUUGAUGAUUAGAUGUAUAAUUUCUUUUGUUAUAUCAAAAUCCUAAGUUAAUUAGCAGAAGUGAAGAUUGCAGGGCUGUAACUUUCUGCACUUCUUUAAGAUGUUAUUGUUACAGUACAUAAAGAGGGGUUGAAUGACUGAACUUUCAUCUCUCUUUGUUACUUGUUUGUUGAAACUUAAACUUUUAGCCUUUGUUUUCUGCAGCAAAAGCAAUCCAGCAUUUAUGCCUUCAUGUUA